AUGUCGGUUAUGAUCGUGACAAGCUUGGGUGACUUAGUGGUCGAUUUGUUCACAGAUAGAUGCCCAUUGACCUGCAAGAAUUUUCUCAAGCUGUGCAAAAUCAAGUAUUAUAAUGGAUGCCUCUUUCACACAGUGCAGAAAGAUUUUACUGCACAGACGGGUGAUCCUACUGGUACAGGAUCUGGUGGUGAUUCUGUGUACAAAUUUCUAUAUGGAGAUCAAGCUCGCUUUUUCAGUGAUGAGAUUCAUUUGGAUGUAAAACAUUCGAAGAUGGGGACGGUGGCCAUGGCUAGUGGUGGAGAGAAUUUGAAUGCUUCUCAGUUCUAUAUCACACUGCGGGAUGAUCUUGAUUACCUGGAUGGGAAGCAUACUGUAUUUGGUGAGGUUGCUGAAGGGAUCGAAACCCUUACUAGAAUAAACGAAGCCUAUGUGGAUGAAAAGAGCAGACCCUAUAAAAAUAUCAGAAUAAAACACACAUAUAUAUUGGAUGAUCCCUUUGAUGACCCUCCACAACUAGCUGAUUUGAUCCCUGAUGCUUCACCAGAAGGAAAACCAAAAGAUGAAGUUGAUGAUGAUGUGAGACUAGAGGACGACUGGAUCCCUAUGGAUGAGCAACUUAAUCCACAUGAGUUGGAGGAGGUGUUGCGUGCAAAGGAUGCUCAUUCUCGUGCAGUAGUGCUGGAAACUAUAGGAGACAUUCCUGAUGCUGAGAUAAAACCUCCUGAUAAUGUGCUUUUCGUGUGUAAAUUGAACCCUGUAACUGAAGAUGAGGACUUGCAUACAAUCUUUUCUCGUUUUGGAGUUGUAACAUCAGCUGAAGUUAUCCGGGAUCAUAAAACUGGGGACAGUUUGUGCUACGCCUUCAUAGAAUUUGAGGACAAAGACGCCUGUGAACAAGCAUAUUUUAAGAUGGAUAAUGCUCUAAUUGAUGACCGGAGGAUUCACGUUGAUUUUAGUCAGAGUGUUGCAAAAUUAUGGUCCCAGUACAGACGCAAAGGUCAAGGAGGAGGUUGCUACAAAUGUGGUUCUGUCGACCACAUGGCCAAGGACUGCACGGGAGAUUCUACCUCUAAGCACUCACAGUCCAAAUACACGCUAAAAGACGAUAACAUUCAACGUGGUGGAGAUAAAAGGACGAGGUACGAAAUGGUUUUCGAGGAAGAUAAUGGCAGAGAGCCUAGACAUAGCAAGAGUGGCAGAGACCACAAACCGGAACAUGAGGAAAAACGAGACAGGCAUGAUGCCUAUACCCAUAAAGGGCGAGAUGAAAAAAGAUGGGGCCCACAUGACCAGCCGAGACGCAAUGGAAGCAGUCACAAGCAAAAUGAAGAGUAUGUAUGGCGUAAAAGAAGCCCAGAAAUAAAUAGAUCGGGUGAAAGAAGAAAAUCAAGUGCCCGUGAUAAUAGAGAUGAAAGAGAGCAGAGAAGAGGACACGAGAAAGGGUACAUAAGGAGCCAUGGCGAUGAGAGAGAUUACGGAAAAGUGUUUAUCGAUGGUAGCGGCCGUGGGGAAAGGAAAAAGGAAUAUGAGAGUAGAAAAAAAAGUGAGGAUGAAUAUGCUCGUGGGAGUAAGAGAGAUAGGCGUGGUGUUGAGGAUGAUAGUUACGGUCAUAGGAUACCGGAUGGAGAGCGGCAUUCGGAUAAACGGAGUUCAAAAAGGGUUGCGAGUUUUCCGGCUGGUUACGGGCUUGCCAAAUGGUUUCUGCCUCCUUCCCCGACCUGUUCGCGCUUCCCGGCUAGGGGAUCACGCUAUGCCACUCGUUGGGGCCUUGAGGAUAAGGCCCUCACUGCCGCUAACCUGAUUGCUUUCUAUUCACAGUUGUUCUCAUUCGCGGAAGGGUUUGUACUUGUAACAACCCACGAAUGA